AUGCGCAAAGCGGACCCCCUGGACCAGCUGGCCCCCCCUGGAAAUGAUGGCCCCGCUGGACCCCCUGGCGAUCCAGGACGAGAUGGAAACCCUGGUCGACCUGGUCCUCCUGGUCUUCCCGGCCCACCCGGACCUGGCGGCGAAGACAUGAUGGGCGCUGGACCAAAAGGCCCAGUCACCCCAAUCGUCGGACCACCCGGACAGAUGGGACCUCGAGGUCCUCCCGGCCCUGUUGGUAUUCAAGGCGCUCAAGGAAACCCUGGCCCAGCUGGUCAACCUGGUGAUGCUGGUGCUCAAGGACCUCCCGGACCACCUGGCAAAACUGGUAUGCCCGGACAGAACGGACGAGAUGGUGCUACUGGACCUCCUGGUAAACAAGGUCAAAUGGGUGUCCCUGGCGGUCAAGGUGCUCGUGGAUUCCCUGGAACUCCUGGUAUGCCCGGUGCCAAAGGUCACACUGGUCACCCCGGUCAGGAUGGAAAGGACGGUAUUCCCGGACGAAACGGUGAUGUUGGUGCUCCUGGCCCCGCUGGUGACACUGGUCCACCCGGCAUUGCUGGUCCUCCUGGACAACAAGGUCCGCGUGGUAUGACUGGUCUCCAAGGUGAAGCUGGUCCCAAGGGUAACGAUGGUACUCCCGGACGAGCUGGUCCUCCCGGCCCUCAAGGAAACAAGGGUCCCGCUGGUUUCAACGGUGCUACUGGUGCUAAGGGUGAGCCUGGACCAUAUGGUGACAAAGGUUCUCAAGGUCCUCAGGGUCCACGAGGUGAAAAUGGUAAAACUGGUCCUCCCGGUGCUGCUGGUAUUCCCGGUAACCCUGGUAUCGAUGGUGUCCCCGGCGCCAAAGGUUCCACUGGUAACGCUGGUCCCGUCGGCUCUACUGGUCUUCCUGGUCCACGAGGUCCUCCCGGUCCUCAAGGAAACAUGGGUGUUCCCGGUGUCAAGGGUAACCAAGGUUUCCCCGGCUCUACUGGUAUGAAGGGUGACCAAGGUCCCAAGGGAUCUUCUGGCGAGCAAGGUAUGAUGGGUAUGCCUGGUCCAGCUGGAGAACGAGGCAAGCGAGGUGAAACUGGCGAACCUGGUCCCGUUGGUCCUCAAGGUCCCGCUGGAGAACGUGGUCAACAAGGUUCCCGAGGUUUCCCUGGUAAGAUGGGUAACCCUGGUAUCAAGGGUAACACUGGUGCUCGUGGUGUCGCUGGUGAACGAGGUCUUCCUGGCAAGAUCGGUGAGCAAGGCCAACCCGGUCCCACUGGUACUCCUGGACAGCGAGGUAUCUCUGGCCGACCUGGAAAGAUGGGCCCAAGCGGCAAGCCCGGUCCACCAGGUCCAACUGGUCUCGACGGACGACCUGGUCCAAUCGGUCCCGCUGGUCCAAUUGGUCAGAUGGGUCAAAUGGGUCUUCCUGGUGAGAAGGGUAUGGCUGGUGAAGAUGGUAAGCCCGGUCUCAAGGGUGCUAAUGGAGAGCCUGGCCCAAUGGGUGUCACUGGCAAAGAAGGUGCUCCUGGUCCACAAGGUGUCCGAGGUCCUCCAGGUGUUCCCGGAGAACGAGGUGAAGAAGGUCCUCAAGGUGCCACUGGUCUUCAAGGUAACAACGGUCCUCCUGGCGCUCAAGGUGAUCCUGGAAAGCCCGGUGAAGCUGGCGCUCCUGGUGAUGUUGGUGCCCCUGGUGCUCCUGGUGCUCGAGGUGAUCGAGGACAUCCUGGUGAGCGAGGUCCACAAGGUCUUGUCGGCAAGGCUGGUCCACGUGGUGUUGCUGGUAUUCCUGGUGACGAUGGAAAGAAGGGUCCUCAGGGUGACCGAGGUGCUCCUGGUCCAUCUGGUCCACAAGGUAUCCAAGGUCCAGCUGGUGACAAAGGUCCCGCCGGUAACCAAGGUCCUCCUGGCGAGCGUGGUGACACUGGUAGCCCUGGUAACGAAGGUCCAAAGGGUGCUCAAGGUAUUGCUGGUAACCCUGGUCAACGAGGUCCCCCUGGCUCUCAAGGACCACAAGGUGAACAAGGUCCUCCCGGUGCUGCUGGCCCCACUGGUCCCGAAGGUGCUCCUGGCGCAGCUGGUGAUCGAGGUGACACUGGACCUCCCGGUCCUCCUGGACAGAUUGGUGCCCCUGGUAUCCAAGGUAACCAAGGAAAGAAGGGUGACUCUGGCGCUCCUGGUGUGAAGGGUGCUACCGGAUCCGUCGGACAAAUGGGUCCUCAAGGUCAACCAGGUCCUCCCGGUCCCAACGGUGUUGCUGGUAACAAGGGUGCUCGAGGUCACAAGGGUCCCCCAGGUCCAUCUGGCUUCCCUGGAUCUCCCGGCCGACCUGGUCCUCCUGGAUCCUCUGGAAACCCUGGUCAACAAGGUCCUCCCGGUCAAGAUGGUGCUGCUGGACCUAACGGUCAACGAGGUGAACCCGGUCCACCUGGUCAGCAAGGUCUUACUGGUGAUAUUGGUGCUCCUGGACAAAAUGGCGAGCCCGGUCCUCCUGGACAGGACGGUCAGACUGGUGAACCUGGUCCUCCAGGUCCAUCUGGCCUCGCUGGUAAUCCUGGUGCUACUGGUCUUCCUGGCCCAGCUGGUGUCAAGGGACACAAGGGUAACGAUGGACAACAAGGUGAACCCGGAAAGAUUGGUGCUCCUGGUAAAGAAGGUCCAGCUGGUCCACAAGGUCCUCCUGGUCUCCCUGGUCAAGUCGGUAACGUUGGUGACACUGGUCCAGCUGGUCCCAUGGGUCAGCCCGGUAACCCUGGUGCUACUGGCAAGACUGGCGCGAAGGGUGAACGUGGAAGCCCUGGUCCCAACGGUCCUCAAGGUCUUCAAGGAAACACUGGUCCAUCUGGUCCUCCCGGUCCUCAAGGAAAGAAGGGUCCCGAAGGUCCUCAGGGUAACAUCGGUAUCCAAGGUCCUCCCGGAAACGAAGGUGCUCGAGGUUCUCCUGGUCCACAAGGUCUUCAAGGCCCAAUUGGCAAGAAGGGUGAACAAGGUCUCCAAGGUCUCAAGGGUCAUCCUGGACGCACUGGUUUGACUGGUCCACCUGGACCAACUGGUAAGACUGGUGAAGCCGGUCCUCAGGGUCAACAAGGUCCAACUGGUUCCCGAGGUGAUGUCGGUCCACGAGGUCCAACUGGUCCACCUGGCAAGGACGGUAACGAUGGUCGACCUGGUAUGGACGGAAAGCGAGGUGAACGAGGUGACGACGGUAUGCCCGGCCCAGCUGGUCGACCUGGUCCCCCCGGUCCUCCUGGUCCUCCCGGCCCAGCUCCAUCAAUGAUGUUCGCUCCCGCUGGUGGCCAGAAGGGUCCAUCCAUGGAUCCCGCCAUGGCUGAUGAAGCUUUCGGACAGAUGGGCGACCAAGAACUUGCUCUCCGACAGCUCGAGAACUCCAUCCGAUCGAUGAAGCGACCCGCCGGUACCAAGAAGAACCCAGUCCGAUCUUGCCAAGAUCUUGCUCUUGCAAACAAGGCCGCUGGUGAGCAAUCCGUCUCUGGCAAAUACUGGAUCGAUCCCAACUCUGGCUGCGACAAGGACGCCAUCGAGGUCUACUGCGACUUCUCUGCCGCUGAGACCUGGACUUGCGUCGCUCCCAACAACGCCGUUGUUGAUGGUCGAACUCACAUCACCGCCAACCCAGCUCACACCUACAUGGCCAACAUGGCUGGCGGCUCCCAGAUCAGCUACGAGCCAACUGAUGCCAUCGCUGGUGUCAACUACGAAAGCCAGAUCACCUUCCUCCGACUCCUGGCUUCCAAGGCCCGACAGCAAAUCACCUACAACUGCAAGAACUCCGUCGCUGUCCAGAACGGUGCCACCGGCGCUUACACUGAAGCACUCAAGAUCCUCGGCGCCAAUGGUGUUGAAUUCACUGCCGAAGGAGCUGAACAGUACAACGUCCUCGAGGAUGGAUGUGCUAACAGCUCAGGCAGCUGGGAUCAGACCAUCAUUGAAGUAGCAACCACCAAGACUGCUCGACUCCCAGUUGUCGAUGUUGCUCCUUACGAUAUUGGCACUGACAACAAGCAGUUCGGCCUCGAAGUUGGCUCCGUCUGCUUCGCCUAA